GUUUAUGUCAUUAAACUUUGUUAUUGUAACAUUAUUAUCAAUACUAUUCGUAUUUUAGUAGUUAUUGUUAGGGGUUUUAUGUUAUUUUUUUUCGUGGUAUCGAAAAUUGCACAUGCGUGGCAGUUCGGUUGCUAAGCGACGACAAAAAUGGCGGCCACUAUUAAAGUGCAGAUUUGAUUUAUCGUGAUUUAGAACAAGUCAUUGUUAAUAGUAUUUUAUAGUAGAACUGUAGUUGUAUUGAUGUUUCUAUUGCUAGAAGUAUAGUUGGAGCAGCUAUUAGCCGAGCUUGUAUUACAACGGCACGUGGCAACAAUUAAGUGCAAUCUCGUCGUACUGUCGGUUGCUAGGCGACGACAAAAAUGGCUGUCAACAUUAAAACUGCAGAGGUGCAGAAAAAGAUUCGAGCCGCUUUCGAGGCGUUUGACUACCAAUCAAACCAGACAGCGGAUGUGAGAGAGAUUGGCACUAUCAUCUAUUCUCUGGGUUGCUUCCCCACUCAGGCAGACCUCCACAACUUCAUAGCAGAGGUAGAAGAGGACGAAACAGGAUACAUCCAUCUGGAUCGCUUCCUGCCCGCCAUGACCACAGUUCUACUGGAACACAAGUUCCCUCCCAUUACUGAGGACGUUCUGCUUCAAGCCUUUGAGGUUCUGGACAUUGAAAAGAAGGGCUUCCUCGACCCAGACGAUCUAUCGCAGUACAUGACUGAAGAAGGUGAAGCCUUCACCCAAGAGGAGAUGGAUGAGAUGCUGACAGCGCUCACAGACCACGAGACCAACCUCAUUUACAGCAAAGACUUACUCAACCACCUCAUCCUCGACCCUGAAGUGUAGAUGAUAUCACCAUUCAUCAACGUGUAGACUGUAUAUACAACUAUAUAAUACAUGUAUAGAAAAGUUGA